AGGGGCUGCAUGCGUGGGGCCAGUGGCGCAAUGGAUAACGCGUCUGACUACGGAUCAGAAGAUUCCAGAGACAGAAACAAGUCUCCCGGUUGGGAGCGCCCAGCCCCGGAAGCGCAUCCACCCUGGCGCGGGGCCUUCCAGCUCCCUCAAGGUCCGCUCACUUUGCGGUCGUCUGCACCCGCCCUGCGGGCUCUGCAGUCACCACGCAGGAGGACAGCUGCGGGACGCGAUAUAAAACAACAGAAAAAGGAGAGAGUGGAGAGACAUCACAGCACUACAGCUCUACUCCCUGUGAAGUGUAAGCCCUGCAGGCACUCCACUACUUGCACACAAUAACAUAUGUGCUCUACCCUCAGUCCCAGAACUACUUUCUAGGUGAAAUGUGAGGAAGAGAGAAGUACUUCCUGAAUUGGCAAAGCCACCUGCCAAGCACUGUUGCCACCAUGCCCAAAAGAAAAGCAAAAGGAGAUGCUAAAGGUGACAAAGUAAAGGUGAAGCAUGAGCCACAGAGGAGGUCAGCACGGUUGUCUGCUAAGCCUGCGCCUCCAAAACCAGAACCAAAAAAGAACCCUACAAAGAAAGGAGAGAAGCUUCCCAAAGGGAAGAAGGGGAAAACCGAUGGUGGAAAAGAUGUCAACACUCCCGCAAAAAGCCCAGAUAUCUCCACAGCCCAAUCACAGAAGACAGAAGGCACUGAAGAUGCCAAGUAAAGAGUGAUUUUAGGGAAACUCAGUAUUUCUAGGGACUCUACUGUUCAAAGGCUUUAGAGUCUUGAUUUUUUUUUUUUCCUUAAGAUAUAACUCUAGCACACAAAAUAACAUUUGGCUAUCUUUUGUGGGCAAAUGGCACUAAGAGAGUGAUAGAAAUGGGGUAAGAUAGGAUUUUUUAUCUUCUUUUUUUUUUUUUUUAGAUUAUUCUUGAUAUCUAGGAGAGAUUCUCUAGUAUUCACAGUGUUGGAUUAUAGAAUGUUAGAAUCUAAUUCUCUAACAUUCACAGCUACAUUGACUGAGAAACCUUACAGUGUGGGAAGCAAACUUUCUAUCUUUUUUUCUGAUGACUUCUGAAACAAGGAAUCAUGAUGUGGCCAGGGCUCCCCCCUGAGUAGCUGUGUCUAGUAACAAUACUCAAGAUUUCUAGUAAUAACAAAAAAAAGAUGGUGUUGUGGAACUAAGACUCCUAUUCCUAGUUUGUGAAUCACCCCACUGAGAAUGCUACAAUGUUCAGUUUGUUUCCUCCAGGUCAGAGUUGAUCUGUGAAAAGCUCUUACAUUCAUUGUGAAACAUCUCCCCCUUCUGAAAACUUUUCCUGUACAAAUCAGCAAGAAUAGACUUUGUUGACUUGAGAAAUGGGAGUUUGGAAGUUGUAAAAUGUUAGGGAAUUGUCUAAUUGGGUGUAAACAUGGAAUUUGAAAUUUAUAAACCUAGUUACAGGUUUUCUUUGUAUGUGUGUGGAGGGGGGAGGGGGGUUCCUAUCCAGAGUUUUAAAGGCACUCUUUAUUGUCCUUUUUUUGUUUGUUUUUGUUUUUUUGUUUUUUAACCAGACCACUGCUCAGUUCUGGCUUAACAUGGUACUGGGGACUGAACCUGGAACUUUUGGAGUCUCAGGCGUAAGAGUUUCUUUGUAUAACCAUUAAACUAUCCCAGUCCCUCUUUCUUGCCUUUGUAAAAGGUUUAUAGUUUUGUUUUUCACAUUUCUCUCUAGUCAUAUUGUCUUUAGUUUUUUCUGUUUGUUUUUUUUCUUUUGUGAAAACUGUGAAAGAGAAGUUCAGUAUACAUACUUUAAAAAAAAAAUGUCCUGACACCAUUUUCUGAAAAGUUCUUUUCCACACUGACCUGUAACACAGGGAGUGGAGAAGGCUGUUGUUGAUGAUUUUCUUCUGACUCAGCAGUCAGUUUGUUUCCCCUGUGGCAGCCUACCCCUAAAUUUUACAGCUUUCAAAAAUGACCUUGUUGACCCAGAAGAUGGUGUAAUAGAUAAAGUGUUGGCCUUUUUUUUUUUUAAAUGUAUUGAUCUUUAUUAAUCUUUUUUUAUUAUUUACUGGACAGAAAGCCAGAAAUCAAGAGGAAAGGGGGUGACAGAGAGGGUAAAAGGCAGCUGCAACACAGCUUCACUACUCCAAAGCUUUCCGGGGGAUAGAACCUGGGUGCUUGGGCAUUGUAACAUAUGUGCUUAACCAGGUGGACCAACACCUGGCUCUGUGUUCACCUUUCAAGCAUGUGGUACUGAGUUUGAUCCCUGGCAUUUCAUGUGCCAGAGUGCUGCUCUGAUUCUUUCUCUCCACUCUUCUAUAAAUAAAUAAAUAAAUAAAUAAAUAAAUAAAUAAAUAAAUAAUCUCUAUUUCAAGACAAAUACCACUUCCACAUCCAAUAUCAUCACAAUAUUUGUCUUCUUUGAGAGUAUCUUGGCUUGACUCUGUCAUUUGUUCUUCCAUACUGACAAGUUCUGAAUAAAAUAAAACUUGUUUAAAUCUU